AUGAACAAACGCUUCUUGUCACUCUUCUGCCUCACCUGCCUCAUUGUGGAAGCAAUAUCUACAAGAUGCAUAAUCUGCCAUCUUCGCACACAUUCAGAUCGUUGUAGAAGAGGAUUUGGUGUUUGUCAUACUAAGAAAAAUGAGUCAUGCAUGAGCCUAAAGAUCUUCCAGGAUAACACUCUCCAGGUGUUAUAUACAGUGUGUCAGAAGUUCUGCAAAAACUUGACAUAUGACUUCCACAAUCGGACUUAUGUUCAUGAAUGCUGCGACUACAAUUCUUGUAACUAUAGACUCUAGGAUUUUGCUCCCUUGAGAUCACAUUUGAAAUGUCACAGAUGUACCUCACUCUUCACACUCUUGUCUUCCCUGGCU